CGGAUGUUGACAUGGAUUUAAACAAAGGCGACCCAUAUGCAGUUAUGCUAGAAUUAAUUGAAAAACAAUUCGAUGGAGAUAUGGAAUUACCAGUUUUUGAGGAAUGCCUUCGAUAUAUAUAUGGCACAAAAGCAUACAUAAUGUUUACUGUGGAUAAACUGGUCCAAAAUAUGACUAAACAAGAUAAAGAUGAGCGAGCUAUGACAAUAUUAUUGUCGGGGCGUGAUUAUACACUGGGCAACGCAGUUUCAUCCGAGGGAAAAUGGGCGUAUUAUAUGUAUAGUUACAUGUCGCUGAACCCUACCGAAGGUGUGUCAGCGAAGACCGAACGACCUUUCCUUAAAAGAAAUUUACCAUCUGUUGAUGUUUCAGAACAAAUAAUGUCUAAUGUUUUGACUCGAAAUGGUUUGGAAAUCAAAAUUUGUAUUAAUUCGUAUCACGUUUUCUUCGUUAACAAUACUGAAGAUAGUUUUAGAAGAUUGAAUUCUGCGGUACCAACGUCAAAAUUAAAGGACGAUAUUGCUCAAC